CACGCCGCUCGCGGAUUUCUCCCCCAAAUUCCACCCCCCCCAAAAUCCCCUUCUAUUCGGCGAACGCGACGGAAACCCUAGCUCUCCGGCCGCCUCCGGCGAGGACUCCGCCUCCGCAUCCGCAUCCGCAUCCGGGCCAGCGACGCCGGCGGAAGUCGACCGCCCGCCCGCGCGCGCUCGCCCCCCCCCCUCCCCGCCAUCGCCUCGACUCGGCGCCUUCCUCUACUCCGCCCGCCUCUCGCGUUCCGACUCCGGGCAGGCCUCCUUCGUCGGGACUCGGGACUCACUCGCGCGGGGUUCGUCUUCUUCCUCCUCGGCGGCGAAGGGACACGCCGGCCGCCGAUCGACGCGAUUCCCCCCGUAGAUCGAUUCGAUCUGUAACUCUCUAUCUCUGUGUAUUAUUUGUGUAUUUUGAUAUCUGAGGGAAAAAGUCUCAGCCUCUCUCGCCGAAAGAAAAAAAAAUAAUUGUGCAGAAGAGGCGAGAAGGGGAAAAAAAACUUGAUAUCAACACCAUGGGUGUUGUGUAUUACAAAUAUAAGAGUUCAAAGGAAACUAUUUCUGUGCCCGUGCCCCAUUCUUUUGUCUCUGUUUCUGAACUCAAGCAGCUCAUCUUGACGAGCGACAAACAUGGCCGUGGCCGCACCCGUGGCCGCGGCCCCAGAGAAGAUAUUGUCCUCUCCAACGCCCAGACCGGCGAAGAAUUUCUAGAUGAAAAUGCCAUGAUACCGCAGAACUCGACUGUGUUGGUCCGCCGAACUUCUGGGCAACAAUCAGAGAAAAUCGUCUUGUUCUCCUCGCGGGAAGUUAUAGAAGAUGGUGCUAUAGCUUCAAACAAGUCAGAGAUUACUGAAUCAACCUCAAAAUCUUGUUCCUCUACAGAAGUACAGGAUGAGGAUGCUGCAAUCGCAUCUAUAAUUGAUGCAGCUGAACUCAAAUGGGAAGACAAGCCAUCUAAAAGAGGACAGACUGGUGGAAGGUUUACGUCAGGACGUUAUGGUCAUGGACCGGUCGAAGGGGAGACACCUCCACCAGGCUAUGUGUGCCGCAGCUGUGGAGUUCCAGGCCAUUUCAUUCAACAUUGCCAACAGGAGAGAAAGACACCUCCAUCUGGCUAUGUCUGCUACAGAUGCCGAAUUCCAGGGCAUUUUAUUCACCAUUGCCCGACCAUUGGUGAUCCCAAAUUUGACGAUUACAAGAAGCCCCAUACUCUUGUGCCAGAAGUAUCUGCAUGUCCUAUUGAUGGCAUUCCAUCAGCUCUUGCCCCAGCUGCAUCUGUGAGUGUUGUUGACGACUUGCCAGCUGAGCUCCAUUGCCGGCUAUGUAAUAAAGUGAUGGCAGAUGCGGUGUUGACAAGCAAGUGCUGCUUCGACAGUUUCUGUGAUAAAUGCAUUCGUGAUUACAUCAUUACACAAUCCAAGUGCAUUUGUGGAGUCAAGGUUCUUGCAGAUGACCUGAUUCCCAACCAAACACUUCGGAGCACAAUCAGCAAUAUGCUGGCAACAAGGGCUAGCAGCAUCACUAGUGGUACAGGGAAGCACAGGAGCUCUUCAGGCAGCAACGUGGAUCCUAAUUCAGCAAGCCAAACUCCUUCAGCUGCCUUGGAAAAGCAAUCUAAGGAUCACCACAUAUCAUCAGCUGCUCCUGAUGCUGGCCUCCAAGUUGCUACAGAACAUGUUAGCCAUCUUGAGCAUAAAUUGACAACAGGUGUUGAUCUCGAAGUGAAAGAUGAAGGCAAUUCUGCAGGGAUAUUGGUAGAGAAGAUUGUACCAACUGCUGAUGCCAGAUUAAAAGAUGUAACUGACUCCACUUCAAAGCCGGCCACUAUUUCAGGAACCAUGGAACCCAAAGCUUCCAAGACUGAUCAAUUGAAGAAGAAGCGCAAGAAGGCAGAUUCAACUAAAAUUGUUCAUCCUAACAAUGCUAACUAUGGUUACAGCAUUCCAUUUGACCCUGCGUAUUGCAACCCUUACGUCAGUGGGUAUCCUUGGUUAACCGAUCCUUACAUGUACGGCCCAGCGGGCAUGCCUUAUGGUGGCUAUCCGAUGGGCCCUUAUGGUGUCAAUUCCAUCGGCAACAUGCCACUGCAAUUUCCAUCAGCAAUGCAAGGCAAUUUGGCAAAUACUCACUGCUGGGAAACUCAAUCUAUGAUUCACUGGGCAAACGAAGACGCUGCACGUCCAAGGCUGGCGGCGAAGCCCAAAGAACCUGAACCUGCCAAUCAGUCUCGAUCAUCAGAGCGUAACCAGCGUCUGAGCUCUUCUCAUGGCACCGAUCCCAGUUACAAGACCAGCAGGUCAAGCUCUGACAGGAGGGACCAUAGGCGCUCCAUUGAUUACGUCGAGGAUCACCGCUCUAGUGAUUACGCCGAGGAUCACCGCAGCAGCAAGAGAAUGCGCGCGUCUUCUCCAUCUCCAACCGGUGGUGACAGGCACAGCAGAGCGAGGUCCAGGUACAGUUCCAGGAAGCUUACUUACGAGGAUUCAUCUCCAACCGGUGGUGACAGGCACAGCAGAGCGAGGUCCAGUCACAGUUCCAGGAGCCUUACUUACGAGGAUUCAAGCGAUGAUGAGCGCAACUUCAAGAGGAGAUGGGGAGGCAAAAGAUAGAUAGGUCACCGUGGACGCAACACAAGGCCGUGAUACCUGAAUGAAUGAAGCUGAUGAACAUCUUGCAUCAUUCCAUAUCAAAUGCUUGUUGAUGGAUGUAUGUGUUAAUUGUAAGCUGAGGAGAAAUCUCCGAAAGCGAUUUUCCUCUUAACGGAAUUGUAAUUAUGAGCUACUAUUAAUGUAAAAUGAAUGAGAGCAAUUCUCAUCCCCUCUAUGUAAUGACAAUGUCCUCCAAAGAUGAGUGGAACAAUCCUUGACCUUUAAUAGUCGUUUACUACA